AUUUAUUCAUAUUUACUCUGACGUUUAUUUUUCUGUCUUUUUGUCUUUUUUGCGAUUGAAUAUUAAGAGAGAACGUAUGAGAGAAAGUUUCUUAGUUAAUAUAUAUCUAUUUGGGUGCGACCCCAAUCUCCAAAAACUUUCUCGAAAAUUGAGCUUUGACAGUUCAGUUUAAAAAAUUUAUCACGUUCAAAGGAUGCCGAACCAAUAAAUUUCGAUCGAUCCAAGCGUUUCCGCAAUUUAUUUCGCACAUCUUCGAUCGAGAGUCCGUUAUAUCGAAAAAAAAAAAAAAAAAAUGUAUUUUACCAACGUAUGUAAGUCACACCGUUUUUAUUUCAUGGAGCCGGCAACCGGUCGGCUGCCCCUUGGAAAUCGACGACCUUUGCAUCAACGUAUGUUCGUUUUGUUUCAGAAACGUAUCGUGAACUUCGCCGGCGGGCAGGAGGAACGCGGAAGGAAAGGAGAUGACACGCCGGGUCGCACGAGGAAACGAAGCCGCGAUUUUUCCACGCGCGCGCAAAUAACGAUCGAGGAGAGGUACAGCCUUGGAAGUGGCGAACGAUAGUUUCUGAGACGACCGAUCGACAGUCGCUUACAUAGCAUAACGCUGACGACUCGUUCGAGUUUCGCAAUUUAUCUCGAUCAUCGAUACCAACUGCGAUUUUAGAACGGUUUUAUUUUAUCCGGCCGGAGUAGGAAGAAGUCGAUCUUCCUCCUAUAUCUCAUUCCUUCGAAUAAAACACGAAGUACGACGAAGUGGCGGCACAAUGUAGCGCGGUGACCUCGACCGAAAGGUGUGGACUUUCUUACGUGAACUAGAAACCAGUGCGAAAGUUCGUUGAGAAUUUUUCGCAAAGAGACAAACGCGAGGAUGAAGACGAUGGGCGAUGUCGUCGCGGAUUCCAUCGACGAGAACGAUGGCACGGUGCAACCCUCCAGUGUGAGCAAAGAGUUUGGUCACAGGACACUGAGAUCCUUGAAAAGAGGACUGGGUCGGCUCUGGAGGAGGCACAGAGGCAACGUGUCGAUUACCGAAUACGAUCCCUCCUACAAAGUCGCGUAUCUCGGAAAUGUGCUGACUGGAUGGGCCAAGGGUGAAGGCUGCGUCGAGAAGCCCGUAUCGACCCUGUGGCGGAACUACGUAGGCAGCAACAGACCCGAUGUUUCCAUGAGGUUGACGGUAACCAAUGGUGGUCUGACCGCGACUACUAAAGACCACGGCCUUACUGAGUACUGGGCUCAUCGUGUGACUUACUGCACAGCGCCAGCCACUCAUCCACGCCUCUUUGUUUGGGUAUAUCGACACGAAGGCCGCAGAUUGAGGCCCGAAUUAAGGUGUCACGCAGCCCUGUGCAGCAAAGAGUCUACCGCAAGAAGACUCGCUUCGAUCUUGAAUGCCAGGCUGCAGCAGGCGCUCAUGGAAUUCCGCCGAGACAAGGUCUCCAGGCAAAACGCCAGAUUGUCUUUGGCAAACGCGUUAUACGACAAUCCGUCGUUGCCACGUAGGAAACUUCUUCUGAGUACCGGUGGGCAGAAUUAUCGGCCGCCCUUGGAAAGGUCGAAGAGCGCACCUAAAUUAUCAGCGAUCGAGGAGGACACAGUAGCCGAGGAGAUAGAGCAGAAGAGGCUACUGGAGGAAUUGCGUUCCUUGGAGAACGUAGCACGUAGCUGGGAAGACCAGGACAGCUGGAGGAUAGCCAGACUACUGGACGCUCUCAAUCGCGAAUCCGACGAAAACGGUAGCAUCUCCAGUGGAUGUGAAACCGCGAGCACGGCGACCAGCGAGGAAAGAGCCACUGGCCAGGAGGAACAUCUUGCUCAGAAUCAAAACGACCAGCAAGGGUCGAUCAAAAGGGUUAUCUUCUCGGAAGACCGAGUCGGCAGGAGACCAGGACCACGAAGAAAUUCAGAAGGUUCGCCACAUUUCAUGACAUGCGCGGGUAGUCCCCGUUUCAAUCCCAUAAAUCCUAUGAAGAGGUUUCCUUUAAGGAGCGAGGAAGAAGAAUCGAUGGAGGAAGAAGAAGAGGAAAUGGAAGACACCGCUUCGAAUAUGUUUGAUUUCGAGGAUGUCGCUCUCGAGAUCCUUCUCGACGACGUGGUGGAUUAUCGACCAAGGGGAGAGAUGAUGAACAGGAUUGAGGAUCCACAGAAGAGGGAAAGGCGAGCGAACGAGAAGUAUCCUAGUAGAAUAAGUCACGAUUUUUUGCAAAAUGAGGAGACUUCGUUCCUAACUCUGGAUUCUCUCGACGAGGAGGCCGAUAGCGAUGAGAGUGGUUACGUGGAAGCACCACCAAAGUCUUUACUAGGUCAAGACGACAAGAAAGAAGAAGAAGAGAGCGAGCAUCCGCUAUUAGAGUCAUUUACGAAUAAAAGAGAGGACAAAUUGGAGUCGACGUGUAGAACAGAUGGGAAUGAGAAUCAGAGGACCAAACAUGAGGAUUCUAUGUUAGAUAAGCAAGAGGAAAGAAAAACGGAGAAGGGAGAUUCCUUACUGGUAGUCAAUGAUAAUCAAAGGAUCAAGGAGAGAGAAAGGGAAAGAAUAGACUUUAAAUAUCCUAUCUCAGAUACUAUCAGAAAGUUAGCUAGCGCGUCACUAAGAAAUUCCAAAUCUUUCGAGAUGACAAGCAACAAUUGCUUGAACGUAUUAAAUAAUUUUAAAACCUCCAAGUCAUUUGAUAGUGUGAAGAAUGAUGAGAUUACCGUGGAUUCGCCAAGUCUUCACCAAAGGAAGCAAUUGUUGGCACAACGCGGUGUCAUGGUUUAAAACGUCCCUUUCGAGUUGAAUAUUUUUCCGAUUUUAUAUUACAAAUUGAACGGAAAUUAAUUAUUGUGUGAAAAUAUUUAUCUAUCAUUAAGUCAUCACAAAUCAUCAAAAAUAUAAUCAUCUUUCAUUAAACCGAGUUUACAAAUAAGAGCGCAAAAUUCAUCUUUCAUAAAACCGAGUUUACAAAUAA